UUCCCGCAUUAAACAUGCUGGUUGUCGAAAAAACGAAACAAACACUUUUAAUGAAUGAAACUCACUGAGGACAUAAGGAGGUAAACAAAAACUACUAAGUACUGUACACGCCGUCCCUGCUCUCGCGAGAGCCUCCGUGUUUGAGAACAGCUGACUGUGCGUACUGUUGAGGCACUGAUAUUCAUCCACACGACGACAUGGCUGAGACGGACCCCAAGUCGGUGCAGGACCUCACCAACGUGGUCCAGACUCUGCUGCAACAGAUGCAGGACAAGUUUCAGACCAUGUCAGACCAGAUCAUCGGGAGGAUUGAUGAGAUGAGCACGCGUAUUGAUGACUUGGAGAAGAACAUCGCUGACCUGAUGACCCAGGCAGGUGUUGAAGAGAUCGAAGCAACACCGGAAAAGGCUAAAGAGGGUCAGGGCUCAUAAUAAAAGUUCUCAAGUGUCAUGGUGUAAAGUUGAUCCUAUAAUUCAGGAGCAGCAGACUUUUACAUUCUGAAAAUGACUCAUAUUGACUUGGUGUGUUGUAGUGUGAAAUGCUUUUUUAUAUAUUGAAUAUUGUGAUAAACGGUUACAGUUAUGUAAUGAUUUGAAAAGCUGAACGUUAUUUGUAAGGUAGAAUAGUGUGAUUUGCCCUUCAGAACCUAAAAUGCUCAUGUGCAGGAAUGCAACUUAUGGAUUUUGUGCGCCGACCUGGAGGUUAUUUCUCUGCCAUCAUAUAUCAUAAUUAAUUAAAUCCCAUGAGGCGAUGGCUGAUAGGGACAGCUUUGCUCUAGCCUGUGCUGAGAAGUACAACCCACAGGCUAUCGGCCAGUAGAACCUCCAUCCCCACCAACAUGGGAAAUUGGGCACAGUGAACAUCUGAAGUUGGCAGUGUUUUACAAACAGCACUGUUACUACCAAGCUGUGGGAUGCAUUCCAAUUCAGAUUUUCUUCUAUUAAAGCUAUUUAAUACAA